AAUAACAAAGGUCAUUUGUCUGAGUACAGAACCCGGCAUUUGUUCCAUCAAAUAGUGACGGCGGUGCAGUAUAUCCAUUCCAAUGACUUGAGUCAUAGAGACCUGAAAUGUGAGAACAUUCUAUUGAAAGAUGAGCUGACUGUUCGUAUUACCGACUUCGGAUUCGCCAGAAGUUGCAGAGAUAAAUACACCAACCAACGCAUUCUAAGUGAUACAUUUUGUGGCAGUGCCGCCUAUGCUGCCCCUGAAAUACUACAGGGCCUACCAUAUAACCCAAAAAUGUACGAUGUCUGGUCAUUGGGUUGUAUUCUGUACAUUAUGCUGACCGCUAGAAUGCCAUACGAUGAUUCCAAUAUUACAAAAAUGUUGUAUGUACAAUUGCAUGCAAUUCUUUCAUUUCCAACCAAAUCUGAAUUCAAGAUAAGCCAUGAUAUGAAGAAAUUCAUUAUGCAUUUAUUGGAGCCAGAUGUUACCAGACGAGCAACCAUAAAUCAAGUAUAUACUGAAUUGACUCAGCUACCACCAAUAACACCUCAAAAUUGUGUCAAACCAAAAAAUUCUGUCCAGAAACUAACUGGGAAAAAAUCUAUAGGUCAAGCAGAAAUGGAUUAUUUACGGAUGAAAUUGAAGAAGUGUAAAAUUCCUCACAAUUUUUAGCUGGAAACUUCAGAAAUCACACAUUUUCUCCAAAAUUAUUAAACUGAUCUCAUGAUUCUCUCACAAUUUCAGCUGAAA